AUGAACCGCGGCAUAGAUGAAAUCGCAGAUUUCUACGAGUUAUUGGACUCAGCCGAGUAUUGGUAUCAAAUCAAACAAUUCCGUGAUUGUAAUAGCCGCCGAGUUCGCGAUUCGGAAGGAGCAUCCGCCCCUACCGGUCGCCGCGCGCAGCUCUGCGACCUACAUAAAAGAGCCUAUGGAGCACGGCCAGCAUCCACGAUCGACUCACUUCCAAUGGCUUCGAAUGUACUCUGCAUUCUCCUCUCUGCUCUGGCAGUGUCGCAUGCGCAAGUAGCGGUGAAUGGACAAUUCUUCGGCAGAUACUACGCAGCGGCGAAGCCCGUGCUCACUCCUGGCUAUGCUCAAGUCGCUGCUCCAGUGUUCGCUCCAGCAGCCCCAGUAUACGCAGCUCCUGCUCCGGUCUUCGCUGCACCUGCUCCAGCUCCCCCUCCCGCUCCCGUCUACGCUGCUCCUGCACCGGCCAUGAUGGCUGCUCCAGCACCAAUGUUGGCUGCUCCAGUCGCUAGACCCGUCUACGCUGCCUUCGCAGCCCCUGCCGUGCAAGCAGCUCCUGUUCUGGCUGCACCACCCGCUCCGGCUCCUGCAUACGCCGCACCUGCGCCGAUGGCUCCAGCUCCAGCCUUCGCUCCAGCUGCUCCAUUCUUUGCUGCUCAGGCUUACGUCCCAGCCUACGCUCCCUUCCUCCGAACUCCUUACUUCAUUGGAAGUAACAAGUCGAAGAAGGAUUAA